CAUACUCUGCGGAGGACGACGUUUUCGCAGCAUCUAGACCUUCCACCUUGAUCCAAGAACCUUAUCCCAUAUAUCCCUCUCUCUUCUCGGACACUGAGGGGAAAAGAGAAUUCAUUUUCAUUUCUAUUGGUUUCAAAACCUUAAUCCUAUUACUUUGUAUGUCUCUGUAGAUUGUAAUCUCUUCGAAUUUGCUGAAUUAUGGCAGCUAUUAUCUCCUGCCACUUUUGUUCCUCUCUGGCGAUCCACAAAUGUAUUAGCAACCGAGUAAUGCCCACUAACCAUGCUCGCUUUCCCAGUAUUCACCAUAAAACCUCUGCUUCGUGGGUUAGGUGCCUAGUUACCCAAUGUGGCUCCAGAAGUUCUCACCAGUGCCACACCAAGAAAAAACAGCAGUCUGGGAGGCCCUUUUCACUAAAGGAAUGUGCAAUCUCUAUAGCUUUAGCGGUCGGUUUGGUAACUGGAACCCCUAUCUUAGAUUGGACUCCCAGUGCUUAUGCGGCUAAUCCAGCAUUGCCUGAUUUAUCAGUUUUAAUAUCUGGACCACCUAUUAAGGACCCUGAGGCAUUGUUGAGGUAUGCUCUGCCCAUUAACAAUAAAGCUAUCAGGGAAGUGCAGAAACCACUUGAAGACAUCACAGAUAGUCUCAAGGUUGCUGGUGUCAAGGCCCUCGAUUCUGUGGAGAGAAAUGUGAGGCAGGCAUCUCGAGCCCUCGAACAGGGGAAGAGCUUGAUUAUAUCUGGUUUAGCUGAAUCGAAGAAGGACCAUGGAGUAGAACUACUUAACAAGCUGAAGUUGGGGAUGGAUGAACUGCAACAGAUUGUAGAGGAUAGGAAUAGAGAUGCCGUGGGUCCUAAACAGAAGGAGCUGCUUCAGUAUGUUGGAGGUGUUGAAGAGGAUAUGGUGGAUGGCUUCCCCUAUGAAGUGCCGGAAGAAUAUCAAAACAUGCCUCUUUUGAAGGGUAGAGCAACUGUGGAUAUGAAAGUCAAGGUUAAGGACAACCCUAAUGUAGAUGAGUGUGUGUUCCGUAUAGUCUUAGAUGGUUACAAUGCCCCGGUGACAGCUGGAAAUUUUGUGGACUUGGUUGAAAGGCACUUCUACGAUGGCAUGGAAAUCCAAAGAGCUGAUGGCUUCGUUGUCCAAACUGGAGAUCCUGAAGGUCCUGCAGAGGGUUUCGUUGAUCCAAGUACAGAGAAAACCCGAACUAUACCUCUAGAACUUAUGGUAGCAGGGGAAAAGGCCCCUGUUUAUGGACAAACUCUUGAAGAGCUCGGUCUAUACAAGGCUCAAACGAAGCUUCCAUUUAAUGCAUUUGGAACGAUGGCCAUGGCAAGAGAUGAGUUUGAGGACAAUUCCGGAUCAAGCCAAGUAUUCUGGCUGCUGAAAGAAAGUGAACUAACUCCCAGCAAUGCUAAUAUAUUAGACGGUCGGUAUGCUGUGUUUGGUUAUGUGACACAAAAUGAAGAUUAUUUGGCAGAUCUCAAAGUUGGUGAUGUCAUAGAGUCCAUACAAGUUGUGGCUGGCUUGGAUAAUCUAGUCAAUCCAAGCUACAAGAUUGCAGGCUAGAAACUCUUUGCCACGGGACGCUGCAUGAGGGGGGCUUGCUUCUAGCAAAUUUAGUGAUGAAAGAGAGCAGUUUUUAGUUUUGUCUUCGUUGAUAUUUUCAGCUGCUGAUAGAACUCUAGGGUUUCUUUUCCAGUGGUACCUGAUAACAAGAUCAGAUUCAUCUCAUUCUUGUUUUUAUCUGAUUGUUCAUGGAAUACAUGUAUUGAAUAAAUUCUUCCCAAUGUUAUUUGAUAAGGUUUCAUGUGA